GCGUGCAAGUGGGCGGGGUUAUGGGCAGGACCCGGAAGUAGUGACCAUACGCAUGCGCGCGCACACACACACACACACACACACACGUGAAAAGACGAGUGGUCCUCAGUGUUGUACUAGUGAAUAUCUUCAGGUGCACAACAGUUUUGUCAACAUGGAUGAGACAAAUCCCACAGCAGUUGCAGUCCAGCCUGGGGAGAAGAGAGGCUGUCCUGAGGAUGAGGAGGAACAAGACCUUCUAGCAAAGAGAGCAAAAGUUGAGGAGCAGCAAGAUGAGGAGGACGUGGGCAAAGUUAGUGGUGAUGAAGAGCAGGGUGAGACGUUUGCGGACAUGAUGAAGCAUGGCCUCACUGAGGUGGAUGUGGGCAUCUGCAAGUAUGUCAGUGACCACCAGGGCUUUUCUGGAAUCCUCAAGGAGAGGUAUUCUGAUUUUGUGGUGAAUGAAAUCAGCAAAGAAGGGAAGAUCGUUCAUUUAGAUGACCUCACUAUUCCCAAAGAGGCUCAGGAGGAAGCAACAGAAGAAGAAAAGCCGCCGACUGAAAGCGACAUUUUAACCGAGGAGCAGAAGAAGCAGCUCGGGGAUCUUCAGCUCUUCACCAACAAAGAGAGCUCCGUCUCCAUCGAGGGGGACGAUUCAAAGGACAAGAGGACACAGGUGCACAAAGCCAUCAAAAGUCAGUUUCCUGGGCUGGAGACAAAGACGGAGGAGAAAGAGGGCCGCAGGUUCAUAGUGGCCUACCAUGCUGCUGGGAAGAAAGCUCUGGCAGCACCAAGGAAACAUUUCUGGCCCAAAAACCGGGGCAGUUUUUGCCACUUUGUCCUGUACAAAGAGAACAAGGACACAAUGGAUGCCAUCAAUUUGCUGUCAAAGUUCCUCAGGCUCAGACCCAACAUGUUCUCCUACAUGGGCACCAAGGACAAGCGAGCCAUCACGGUGCAGGAGAUCGCUGUGCUCAAGAUCACAGCAGAGAGGCUGGCCCACCUCAACAAGUGCCUCAUGAACCUCAAGCUCGGCAAUUUCACCUACAAGAAUCACCCUCUGAAGCUGGGGGAAUUGCGGGGCAACCACUUCACUGUGAUCAUCAGGAACAUCUCAGGAACCGACGAGCAGGUGCAUCAAGCCGUGACGUCCCUCAAACAGACGGGCUUUAUCAACUACUAUGGCAUGCAGCGCUUCGGCACCACAGCGGUGCCCACGCAACAAGUUGGCAGGGCCAUUCUGAAGAAUGACUGGAACCAAGUGGUGGAUUUGAUUCUGAAGCCUCGACCCGGAGCGGAAAAGGAGUUCCUGGUCCGCUGCAGGGAGGAGUGGGCCAAGACUCAGGAUCCAGAGGCGGCCCUGAAGAAGCUUCCCAACAAGCGCUGCGUGGAGGGCCAGCUGCUGCGAGGCCUCUCCAAGUUUGGCAAAAAGAACAUCGUCACUGCGUUUGGACUGAUCCCGCGAAACAACCGGUUGAUGUACAUCCACAGCUACCAAAGUGUGAUGUGGAACACCAUGGUGAGCCGCAGGAUCGACGCUUUUGGACUCAAAGCCGUGGAAGGUGACCUGGUGCUUCGAGGAACCAAAGCACACAUCCUGUCAAAGGAGGAGGCAGAGAGCCACUCCAUCCAUGACAUUGUGAUGCCACUCCCUGGAUAUGACGUCAUCUACCCGUCUCAUCACGUGGGCAAGGGCUACAAGGAGUUGCUGAGCGCAGACGGGCUGGAUGUGGACAACAUGCGACAUCAAAUCAAGGACUACUCUCUGGCGGGAGCUUACAGACGUGUCCUGAUCAGACCCAGUGAUGUCAGCUGGGAGGUGAUCGAGUACGACGACCCAAAGAUCUCUCUGGUGCACACUGACUUGGAGAAGAUGGAGAAGAAGGCAGCUCCGGUCUUUAACAAAGAGGGCAAGUACCGAGCCCUGCGGCUGGAGUUCUCCCUGCCUCCCUCCACCUACGCCACCAUGGCCAUCCGAGAGGUGCUGAAGUUGGACACCAGCAUCAAAAAGCAGACGCAGCUCAACACCACCUGGCUCAACUGAGGGGAGACAAGGCCAGGUGCACAAGCUCAUUAGGGCUCAAUGAAAUGGUGCAGCUGUACCUAAUGAACUGGGUAUAUACCAUGGUGGACAUUUUCUUCUUUUAACCAAUUUUAGAUGUUCUUUUUUUCAAACAACUUUGAAUAACAUCACUGUAGAAAAGGAUUAUGUUUGAGCUGCUUAUACAGUCA